CUGAAGUCGACAAGGCUAUACAAAAGCCACAAAUUUGUCAUCUAAUUCUGCAGCAAAAAGUAAGGAUUGCAAGCUAAGACGAAAUGAAAAACUUAGCAGAAACUCAACAAUCAGUAAUGUGUUCUUAUUCAUCAACUAAUGUCUUUGACACUGGGAAAUACACCACCGAUCUGCAAAGGGUUGAACCUGAAUCACAUGCUCAAAACAAUAUUCCACCACCAAAAUCUCUCUUGAUUGCCACUCCUCUUGAAGCUGGAGAAUUCCCACUCAUGUUGUUCCUGCAUGGCUAUCUUCUUUACAAUUCAUUUUACUCUCAGCUAAUACAACACAUUGCUUCUCAUGGCUUCAUUGUCAUUGCCCCUCAGUUGUACACAGUGGCUGGACCUGAUACAUGUGAUGAGAUUCAUUCUGCAGCUGCAAUAACAAAUUGGCUUUCUGAAGGACUCUGCAAGUUUCUUCCACCAAAAGUAAGACCAAAUUUGAGCAAGUUGGCACUCGCUGGCCAUAGUCGUGGAGGCAAAACAGCAUUUGCUCUUGCUCUAAGAAAACUAAACAUCACCACUAAUCUCAAGUUUUCAGCCUUAAUAGGAGUUGACCCUGUUGAUGGAAUGGACAAAGGAAAGCAAACCCCCCCACCGGUUCUCACAUAUGUUCCUCACUCAUUUGAUCUUGAUAUGGCAGUGAUGGUCAUAGGAUCAGGUUUAGGUGAAGUGAAAAGGAACCCCUUGUUCCCCCCUUGUGCACCAAAGGGUGUCAACCAUGAGGACUUCUUCGGUGAGUGUAGGAAACCUGCUUGGUGUUUUGUGGCCAAGGAUUAUGGCCACUUAGACAUGCUAGAUGAUGAUACCAAGGGAAUUAGGGGGAAAGCUACCUAUUGUCUAUGCAAAAAUGGAGAGUCAAGGAAAAACAUGAGGAGCUUUGUUGGAGGAGUCAUAGUUGCAUUCUUGAAAGCUUACUUGCAUGGUGAUAAUGGAGACUUGUUGGCCAUAAGAGACAGGCAUGUGAGUCUACCGGUGGAGGUCAAAUUUGAUUCUUUAGUGUGAAAAUCAGAAUUAUUCAUAUAUCUUAACUUGAAAUAGCAACCAUUUUUACUCUUUUUUAAUGUUCUUAUGUUCACUAGUGAUAAGACCUUAAUAGAAUAUAUAAGUGAAGUGCAAUCUUCAACUUAAAAUAUAUAUAUAUUUUUUUUUUGUUAAUUUUACAUUCAAAAUGUUCAAUUUAUAUAUUGUAUUAUAUGUUUUAUAAA